AUGGUGGGCUUUUCGUUUGGCCCGCUUCGAUGGCGAAGUCCACAGAAAGCCACACUUCCAACAUACGAACAAGUCCCUACGCCAUCACCAACAAAAGAGAGGUUCUCCAGGUCAGACGACUCGCUGUCCGAAGAUGAUGAUGACGACGACGAUGAUGAUGAUCUCGACAGCGACUACUCGAGCUCGCCCUCAUCUAGGGCGGGCUCAAGACACUCUUCAGGCUCAUACUCGUCAGCCGCACGAAUGCUGCCGAAAAGACCUGCCUUCAGAGCCAUGCCGAGGCGAUCACCAUUUUACAGACUACCAAACAAAAUUGUCCGAUAUCUUUGCUUGGGAAUGAUGCUCGGAAUUGUCAUCCUCAUUGGCUCUCUGGUACGAGCAAGCCAAAUAGAGAACCGGAGGAUAGCUGAGGGGCAUGUACCCAAGCCCAAGGAGGCUCCACCAGCAUGGGAGGCCUAUCCUUUCCUUACAAGAUAUUACGGCGGUGUCCGAAAGCUUGUAUCCUUGAAUGACAACAACCCUGAGUAUCCUCGACUUGCGGACGAGAUGCCAUACAACGCAUCGGCAGAGGCCAGGCCAAUUACACCCGAAGCAGAGGAUGAGAUGCAAAAUGCGCCUAUUCCCAGGACCAAGACAUUUGCCACCGACUAUCCCAACUCGGUCCUCACCGACAAGAAAUCGGAAAUCGUUGACUGCUUCCUGGACGCCGAGAAGACCAUGCAGGUCCCACCUAUUCGCUACUUUGAAGGUAGACCGCAUGGCUUUCCUGAGAACAUCAUGGGAUCCUAUGACCUCCUUUCACUUCCCGAGGAUAUCUGCUUUGAUCGGUAUGGAAGGUAUGGCCCAUACGGAUUUGGCUAUUCCUCACGCCAAGGAGGCCUGGGAAUCGGGGAACACGGCGACAACGAAGGUUCACAGGAAGUCUGGGAAUCAUCCAGGCAGGUUGACUUCCGUUCGGUCAACUGGGCCGAUGCGCAAAGGCGUUGCUACGAGGCGAAUGCUGCUCGCUUCAAACCUUUUGAGCCAAAGCCUAGCCCUCCUCGUGGCUUUUACGUUGGCAAGUCCACCGAGAGCAAGGCGGACAAACGCAGCGAAAGCAAUAUCAAGUCCCAGGCCAAAUCGGACAACGCUUCACAUUCUACUGCCAAACAAACCUCGGGACAACAAUCACGAACGGCUGUGGUCAUCCGCUGCUGGGAUGAGUAUCUUUUCAAGGAAGACGACAAGAUGAACCUGCGCUCCAUCAUUACCGAGCUCUCCCUCGCAUCAGGGGGUCGGUACGAUGUUCACCUGCUAGUCCAGGUUCGGAACGACGUGGCUCAUCCCAUCUGGGCGGACGACGAGGCAUACCGUGUUAGGAUCGAAGCAAGCAUCCCCGAAGAAUUCAGGGGCCUUGUGACGUUGUGGUCCGAAACGCAGAUGCUGACCAUUUACCAUGGUGUCCCUGACCUUUGGACUCGGGGCCCUGACCACCCGGUGCAUGGCGCAUACCGUGGACUGCAGAUGGCCAUGCAAUACUUUGCCCACUCUCACCCGGAGUAUGACUACUUCUGGCAGUGGGAGAUGGACAUUCGCUACACUGGUCACCACUAUGAUUUCUUCAGCAAGGUCGAGGAAUGGGCCCAACAGCAGCCGAGAAAGGGACUUUGGGAGCGCAACGCCAGGUUUUACAUGCCUUCAGUACACGGCAGUUGGGAGGACUUUAAGCAGAUGGCAAGAGUUCAGAAUGAGAUGGGCACAACCGGUCCAGAUAACAUGUGGAAGGGCAUCUCAGGAUCCAAAAACGGCGGCUCAAAGGCUGGUCAGGAGACCUCAAAGGGUGAGCAAACGGUCUGGGGACCCAGGCGGCCGAUGCACCAGGACGACUGGCUGGAGGACGAGAGGGAUCCCGAGCCGCCGACUUCGUACGAGCGUGACAAGUACAAGUGGGGCGUGGGCGAGGAGGCCGACCUCAUUACGCUCAACCCUAUCUUCGACCCGGCGGGGACUACAUGGCUACUCUCCGAGGAUAUCGCAGGUUACAACGAGACCGAAGGUGCUGGAAAGCCCCCUCGCCGCGCAGCUAUCAUCGCCGCCUCUCGCAUGUCGCGUAGACUCCUGGUGACGAUGCACCGCGAGACGGCCCUCCGGAAGCACCAUGCGUUCCCCGAAAUGUGGCCAGCAACAGUGGCCCUGCAUCACGGGUACAAGGCCGUGUACGCCCCCCACCCUGUCUACGUGGACCGACACUGGCCGACGGAGCUGAUGGGACGCAUCUUCAACGGCGGGCGCAACGGCGCCUCGGGUGGCGCGCGGACGUCGAUAUUCGGCCAGCGUGAGCACAACACGCGCGGCCUAUCGUGGUUCUACAACUCGGGCUUCGGUCCAAAUCUGUAUCGGCGCUGGCUGGGGCUCAAGGUGAACAACGACGGCGGAGCCGACUUCGAGAUCGCAGCGGAUGGCACCAAGGCCGGCGAGGGCGAAGUCGGGCAGAUGCGCGGCGGAGAAGGGAGGAUGUGCUUGCCUCCGAUGCUGAUCCACCCGAUCAAGGACGUGGAUCUGCCGACGGAUAAGAAUCUGGACGAGGAGUUUGAUGUGCCAGCAGUGUCGGGGACGGAUCCGACGCAGUGA